CCUUUGUUGUUUGUGUCAGUUACUUUUCACCUCUACUCGCAAACAGUUGUAGUCUCGGACAACAUGUGAUCUCAUUUGAUAUGUUUUAGCUCAACUUGUAUACUCUUUCUCUCGCGCUCUCUACUAAAGGUGUGAGAAAGUAAAUAAGAAAAAGCGAGAAAUAUAUGGGCAAAAUUUUUAGAUAAUUCUCGAUGACCAUACUAAACACGAUGAAGAGAAACUUUGUUAUUAUGUUGUCAGUAUGGAAAAUGGUCAUAUAAUUAGGGAAAUAAAUUGUCGUAAUUGUGUUGGGAGUGUGAUUGAUGGCAACGACCCGCUCUAUUGUCUAAUUACGUCUUUAUAUAGGCGUUGGUAAUUUCAUUGUGGCCGGAGUUUGUUUUUAAUCUGAAAGUACUAUAGAAAUUGAAAGUUAAAAUAUGAUUUCUUCAAUAGAUUAAUUGCCAAUUAUUCGUAAACGUAUUUCAAAUGUCCACUCAUUCCGGUGAAUGUUUAUGAACUGACAAACCACAACUUUCAGAAGAAAUGGAAAUAACAGUGCUGCUUAGAGUCAUCGUAUAGAGAACAACCGCAUAUACUAGAUAUGUAUGUUACACACAUUCUAAUUUUUAACCAUUAUCGUCUGUGGUCGCAAGAAUAUUCUAUUGAAAAUGGUACAAAAUGUUUAGUUUAUAUUUACAUGUCAGUUGGUAGUAGAAGCAGACAAUGACACUUGAACAAUUUAUACAAAUACUGUCGAUGGUGUUUUUGUUAAUCUUAUCUACGCAAGGUGUUGAAAGCAAAUGGUGUUUCCAGCCGCCAAGUAGCGAACAUAUUCAUCAAACAAAUGUAUCCAGCCACAAAACAGAUGUUAAGGCUGACAUACACCAGCAAGGUGUCAAAGUUUGUUGCCCCGGCUAUGUUUUGAACGAUGGCGAGUGUAUCUCCUCUUGUCAGGAAGGGUACACAGUUGAUUCCAUGACCGGACAAUGCAAACCAGCUUGUCGAUCAAAAUGCUUUACUCAUAUAGAUUGCAAACGUCUUUGUAAAGCAACAUGUAAAAGCGGCAAAUGCUUUUCUCCAUAUCACAAACAUGCCAAGCACAGAGAUCAUAGGAAUGUAUCCACCAACUCAAUCUUGCCGUGCAACUCCAUUUGUGGUUAUGGAGAGUGUUUGCAGCCAGGCGCAUUAUGCCAAUGCCAUGAGGGAUAUACUUUAAAUAAUAACACAAAUUUGUGCGAACCCUUUUGUGCCAUAAAAUGUCCAACAAAUAGCCAUUGUGUCCAGCCCAAUGUGUGUGAAUGUAAUAGAGGAUAUUUUCGGGAUACUCUUAACAAAAAUCGCUGUAAAUCUCUUCAUAAAAAGAAAUACAGCUUUGCAGGUGCCAUAUCAGCACAUGCUGAUAAUCACUUUGAUUUCAAUAGAAAACUGCAAAAAUUGAUGCAACCCAAGCAUGGUUGCCAACAUGGUUUUGAAUUCAAUAUUACCACCUUGCGCUGCCAGCCCUCCUGCCAUAAUGGUUGUCUUCAUGGCAACUGUACCUCACCGGAUGUUUGUAUAUGUAGUAUCGGUUACUCUAUGGAUAUGACAAGCCAUUCGUGUGUACCAAAUCACUGCAAAAUGCCAUGUCCCCGUGGCUAUUGUAUACCAAGUGGUGAAUGCCUUUGUCCCGAGGGAUUGACCCAAUCUCUAACCAAAGGUUCGGGGUGCGAGCCUUUCUUUGAUUACACCAUAAAAGUUGUAGGAAUAUUUUUGUGUAUUUUGGCCUCUAUGCUAGUGAUAAUAUAUCUAAUUACAUUGGCGGAAAGACGACGAAUGAGAAUGUAAUUUAUUUAGACUUAUAGUUUUGUAUCAUAAUAAUAGGAAAUAAGAACAAAAGAUUUUGGAUUAAUUUUUUUUUCGAUGAAUUUUUAAUUUUUUAUAUAAUCUAACUAAACUUUAUAUUUAUGUGAAUACUAGGAAAAUAAAUUUUGAAAAUUAA